GCAGUCAACGGUGCGCUGACGACUUCACUGAUAUUGCGCGCAGCAGCCAUCCUCAGCCCCAGAGAUAGCUCAAGGUCCAUAGGAAAUCAGUCAUCUGCUCUUCAACACGCCUUGAAUACGGCUCGCCAUGUCCUAUUUUCUCGUACAUCUCCCUUCUGGCUGGCACGUCGACCAAGCGAUCCUCUCCGAAGAGGACCGCGUUGUCGUCAUCCGCUUCGGGCACGACCACGAUCCAACAUGCAUGCAGAUGGAUGAGACCUUGUAUCGGAUUAGCGAAAAGGUCCGGAACUUCGCUGUCAUCUACGUCGUAGAUACAACACAGGUGCCUGAUUUCAACCGCAUGUACGAGCUGUACGAGAGUUGCGCGGUUAUGUUCUUCUAUCGAAAUAAACAUAUCAUGGUGGAUUUGGGGACGGGAAACAAUAAUAAGAUUAAUUGGGCAAUAACAGACAAACAAGAAUUGAUCGACAUCAUCGAAACAGUCUACCGCGGUUCUUCAAAGGGACGAGGUCUAGUCGUCAGCCCGAAAGACUACUCAACUCGAUACAAGGCUUGAGUUUCGAUAUAACUUCUCGCGCUUGUACUGCGGCUCCUCGUAGUUCCCCUACCGGCCUCAUUCUCCUGUGUAAUAGCCCAGGGCAACGCGACAGGUAGACAUUGUUUGCAUUUGUAUCGUACAACCUGCAGUACUGUAUAUUAGCGCAUAUCGGCAUUGCUCGGCGCCAGACUGAUCAAGC